AUGAGACAAAGCGUUGAUCCUCGUACUUCUUUGCAAAUGAUCUUGAGCCAAAGAUCUUAAGCCCAAUUUUCAUAAGUGGUAGAUUAAGAAGUUCCUUAAGAAUAGCCUAUUAAAUCAUUGAGCAGCAAAAAAGGAAAAAAAUUUGAAUUUUAAAUCUCUUCUGAUUCAAGUUCCUUUACAAUUACAUCAGAAGAAUCCUCAAAUUCUCAAAAAUCCCAACACUCUACUAAUUACUUACUUAGAUAACAAGCAGCGGCAUCCUUAAAACUAUUGGUCAAAGAUAACAAAUAAUAGAUAAAAUUACCCAAUAUUCCAAUAAGAAGCAUUUCUAAUGAGAAAUAGCAAAUUAAUUUUUUAAAAGGACUAUAGUAAAAUUCUGAAUUGGAGUGA